AUGGCGACUCCCAAUAAUGUUACUCCCACCAACUGCAGCUGGUGGCCCAUCUCGGCGCUGGAGAACAACGCGGGGAAAUCCACGGAAGGCGAGGAAAAUCACGACCCGACGGACCCCGCUCUCAAAUCCCAGGACAGAUUGGUUUUGUACCACUGGACCCAGUCUUUCAGCUCGCAAAAGGUGCGGUUGGUGAUCGCAGAGAAGGGGCUGCCCUGCGAGGAGAGGGAUGUCAGCAUGCCCCUGAUGGAGCACAAGGAGCCCUGGUUCAUGCGGCUCAACCUGGGCGAGGAGGUGCCCGUCAUCAUCCACAGGGACAACAUCAUCAGCGACUACAACCAGAUCAUCGACUACAUGGAGAAGAACUUCACGGGAGGUAAUGCAAGGCUGGGCUGUGGCAGGUGCCCUCCCAGGAGCUGCUCACACCCGUGCCUUUGCCCUGCAGAGAACGUGCCCCAGCUGAUCCCCGAGCCGGGCAGCCUGCUGCACUCGCGGGUGCUGCAGUACCGGGAGCUGCUGGACUCGCUGCCCAUGGACGCCUACACACACGGCUGCAUCCUGCACCCCGAGCUCACCACCGACUCCAUGAUCCCAAAGUACGCCACCACUGAGAUCCGCAGACAUUUAGCUAACGCCACCACGGAUCUGAUGAAGCUGGACCAUGAAGAGGAGCCACAGCUAUCUGAGCCUUACCUCUCCAAGCAGAAGAAGCUCAUGGCCAAGAUCCUGGAGCACGAUAAUGUGAACUACUUGAAGAAGAUCCUUGGAGAACUUGGGAUGGUGCUAGACCAGAUUGAGGCUGAGCUGGAGAAAAGGAAAUUGGAGUACCAAGGGCAGAAGUGUGAACUUUGGCUCUGCGGGUGCGUCUUUACUUUGGCUGAUGUCUUGUUAGGAGCCACCCUGCACCGCCUCAAGUUUCUGGGACUCUCUAAGAAAUACUGGGAAGAUGGCAGCAGACCUAACCUACAGUCCUUCUUUGACAGGAUACAGAAACGCUUCGCCUUCAGGAAAGUUUUGGGAGACAUACACACCACGCUCCUGUCUGCAGUGGUACCCAAUGCCUUCAGGCUGGUCAAGCGGAAACCUCCCUCCUUCCUUGGAGCCUCCUUCCUAAUGGGAUCUCUGGGGGGAAUGGGAUAUUUUGCUUAUUGGUACUUAAAGAAAAAAUACAUCUAGUGCUGACUGCUCGGUGUUUAGUUUGGUGUCUCUGUGCUGUGUGAAAUUAUGAUGAAGCCUCAGUAACUGUAAUGAAAUUUGAAGCAAGGUAAUGAAUAAUUAUAUUGUUUAAUGUAACAUUCCAUAGUCUAGAAGUAGAAACCUAUACUGCAAGGAAAUAAGAAAACAACAACAACAAAGCGUCAACUUAUAAAUGCCUUUUUUAGGUUUAAGUAUUCAACUCCAGCAAGAGGCUCAAGGGUUCACGGGCUCAGCCGUGCCCACCGGGAAGUGGCACUGCCUCCAGCACCAGCCAGCUCCAGUGGGAGAGACAGGAAUCCCAGGAGGCUUCCCGACAUCCAAGUUGACUAAUGGGACUUGGAUACUUGGUCCUGUGCGUUCGUGUUUCCAAAUUGUU